CAUGCACACAGGGCGGCCAUAGAUCGGUCAUUUGAGGUCAACUAAAUGCUGUUUACAUGCCGCCAGCCAGUAGUUGGUAAAUCUAACAUGCUUCUUGUGAAUGGCGUCUAUUCAAGAUCUUGGUGCAACCUGUCUUGAUCGGUUUGUUGUUUCGGAAGCACCUCCAUCAGUUUACUAUAUUCCGGAAUUUAUCACAAAACAGGAAGAACAAUUUUUAAUAAACCAGGUGUAUGCUGUUCCCAAACCAAAAUGGACACAGCUUUCUCAUAGAAGACUUCAAAAUUGGGGUGGGAUUCCUCAUCCUAAGGGAAUGGUGUUAGAAAAACUACCACAGUGGCUAGACACAUACUCGCAUAAAAUUGCAUCCCUUGGUGCACUGAAUGAAAAGAUACCCAACCAUGUACUUGUCAACGAGUACACAAGUGGACAAGGCAUUAUGCCACAUGAGGAUGGUCCAUUAUUUUAUCCUGUAAUAUCAACUAUAUCUCUGGGAGGUCAUACUUUGUUGGAUUUUUAUCACCAUCCUACGACGCAGUGUGAUGAAAAUAGCGUAGAUGAAGCUGCAAAAGUGGCUACACCUGAAGAUCGUCUGUUCGGAUCAUUACUGCUUGAACCACGCAGUCUGCUGAUUUCUAAAGAUGAAAUGUACACCAAGUACCUGCACGGCAUCGCUGACCGAACUCACGACACACUCACAGGGAAAGUGUUAAAUGUGGAUGCCUGCCCUCAAAGGGCGAUUGGGGAUGUCCUGGAGAGGAAACUGAGGAUCUCAUUGACUAUAAGACAUGUUCCCAAAGUGCUGAAAAUAAAGUUGAACUUGGGAAGAAGGUGA